GCUGAAAAUAAUAACAGCUUUGCCCAGAGUCAGACCGACCGCGAUCCACAGAGUUCGAAGUGUGAAAGACACCGCUGUGCCAGACAUGGCUGGCUUUGUGAAUAAGUUGAGUUCUUACACUUUAACUCAGUUAAACGAACUGCUCGAAGAUGACGAAAAACUCAACAAAUUUAUCGACGACUCGGAAGAGAUUAAAGGACUACAGCAGAACAAGGAGAUGACCCUGGCUAGUAACCGUCAUCUUGCUGAGCAGAACCUUAAACUCCAACCCAGACUUGACCACCAAAAGAAUGAACUGACCAGGCGGUACCGGAGCCUACAGGAGCUGUUUGAGGCCUAUCAACUGCGCAAGUCCACUCUAGACGACAGAUCUGGAAACACUCCCUUGGACACAUUGCUCGCACUCCUACAAGCAGAAGGGGCCAAAAUCGAGGAAGAAACUGAGAACAUGGCCGAUUCACUCCUCGAUGGUGCGACCCCCCUGGACACAUUCAUUGACGAGUAUCAGAGUAAGAGGAAGCUGGCGCACAUAAGGAGAGUCAAGAUAGAGAAGCUCCAGGAAAUGGUGCUGAAGGGACACCACAUGGCCCUGGUUGCACCUCAGCCCUCUCGCUCUCAGGACCUUCCCUCCAGGCCAGCCGCUCUCCAUAUAGAGGUCAAUGGUUCCCCCAUGCCGAUGCCCCGGCGGGCUCCUCCUCUUCCCCCUGUCACCCAAACUCCUCCUGCUCAGCCCACCGCAGCCUUCUCCUACCCUCCUACCUCUCCGUUCGCUGCGGCCUCUCCAUUCACACCCACUUCUCCAUACCCCCCUAUUCCCCCUAGAGUAGGAAACACGCCACCCAUUCUUAACCAGGGAUACCCCAACAUGUACAUGCAGCAAUAUGCCCCACCCGUGCCCCAGAGACCCCCUCCACGUAUGGCACCCCAGCCAGGCUUCAUCAUGCAGUGAGCAAGGGACAUUACGGUCUAAGGAGAAAAAACUAAAUGCACACUGGACAUUAAUUCAAGCCUUUUGUAGGUCCUUCAAGCUGCAUGUUAUAAAAUAUUGUGCGCCAAGUUGGAGUCUUGUCAAGUGUAAAAUUAACAAGACUUUUCUGCAAUCAAAGGGGCAUCUGCAACAGGAUCUUCAAUUUGCACUUUAGACUACUUUUGUAUUUGAUCAGUCAUGGCUGGUUUUGAGUCAUGCUGUUCCCGUUCUGCCCUUCUCAGUAGCAUUAGAUCAAGUAAAAAAGUUUUACAUGAGCCUCAGGGGCCUCCAUGCAUAAUGAAGAUAUCAAAGUUCAAGAACAGGCGCUCUUUUAGGCCAUCUAGACAGUUAGGCUGCACGAUUAAUCAAAAUUAAA